AUGGAUGAGAGCACCAGAAAAUAAAAAACAAAACGAAAAAUUAAUCAAAACAAAUUCAAUUCAGAAUUUCUGGAAAAAGGAAAAAAAACAAGAGGAAACGGUGGACUCUCGUUUCUCUCUCUGGUUCGAAAAGAAGGCUUCACACAGAACAAGGCGAGGGUUUUACGAAGGAGGAGAGAGAUACAAAUCCUACGAGCUUGGAGAGAGAAAGCACAGCACAUACACAGAAGAGAGAGAGAGAGAGAGAGAGAGCGGAGGAGCUUCUGAAUUGGACUGUGUCAAAGCUAGGGUUUUUUUUUGUCCGCGAAGGAUUAGGUUGCGUCGUAUUUGUCGAUGUGAUCCGAAAGCUCCAAUCUUCAUCAGUUCUGAAUGAAAAUUAAAGCAUUGGUGUUCUGCAUGGAAUUCUUGUUGUGUAAGCAUGCUGUGUAAAGCACCAUGACUCUCGAAGAUUUCUUUACCUUAACUGAGAUGAAAGAUGGACUCACAGCCCCAUCGCGAGUUCAGGAGCUGGUCACCGUAAUGCAGAGUGAGAAAGAUUCUGUCGUGAAUAAUAUUGGUGAUGCAACCCGGCAGUGGGCUGCUGUUGCAAGCACAAUUGCUGCCACGGAGAAUAAGGACUGUCUUGAUCUUUUUAUUCAAUUAGAUGGACUCAUGUUUGUUGAUAGAUGGCUAAAGGAUGCCCAAAAUUUAAGUAAAGAUACAAAUGAGAACUUUGUAGAAGAGUCAAUAACUGCUCUGUUACGAGCACUUGAAAAGCUGCAUAGACACAAUAAGGGGUCAUUAUCUUCAGGGAUCUGGAGUACCGUGAAGAGUCUUCUUAGCUACAGAAGCUCCAUGGUUCAGGAUCAAGCAAGACUGCUGUUUGAUAGCUGGAAGGAGGAUGGUAAUGCAGUUCAUGUUGAUGUUGUGAAUGCUGGGGUUCUCUCAGAUGAUGGGAGUUCUAAGAGUUUGGAAGAAGAUUCUAAGCCAUCUGCUUUAAAUGUUACUUCAGAAGUAGGUGAUCACAGAGAAAAUCAUUCAUCAGGACCUAACCCAGAUGCAGUAAUGCCAUUAAGGACUUCGGGUGAUCUUCAACCAGAAAGUGCUGAUGCUUUACCAAUACAACCUUGUAACAAAGAGUCUCCCCCAACCCACAAACAUUUAGACAGCGCUUACAUCAAAGAUGGAUCUCUGGAUACUUUGGCCUCUGCUGUUGUGUUGAACCCUAUUCACGAAAAUCCUAUAAAAGAUGAAUCCUUUAUAUGUUCUGUGGGAGGGAUUACUUCAGUUGGAACUUCUAUUUUUCCGUUAGCAAAACUGAACAGUGUUGAUGAACAUUCAGACGGUCCAAAAUUGAAUGAGUUGUCAAAAAAUGAAAAUCAGGACCACAAAGUCAACAGUUCCCCUAAGAAGUUGGGAGUGACAGACAUCUCUUCAGGGUCUGGUCUGUUGGAACCUGGGAUUGUUUAUUCAGGUGCUGAUAGUGCUACUUCCCAGGAUGUGGCAACUGAUUCUGCUUUGCAAAAAAAUGCCAAUCAGGAUGAUUCUUGUGAAAAAUAUACUGCUUUUGGUAGUGAAGGGACGACUGCAUCUGAUCCAAAGGGUGUGGUGGAUGAUACAAGAGCUGUCAAUCCUUGCGGUACUACAGUUCAAGAGGGUGAAUGCUGUUCAAACACGCCGCAAGACUCAUCUGGGAAUGGUAGUAUUUCAGGAAAACUUGAAGAUUUGGAGACUUCUUCCAAGAUGGCUGUUGAUGAAGAUAAGGAGCAUUCAAGCGAUGAAGAUGAGGAAUUGACAAUUCCUAAUGAGUAUCCUAAACUAGCAAUUGAUGCCAAAAGUCCUGACACAAUUGAUAAAAGAAGGUCAGAUAUUGAACUUGAGUAUGGGAUGGUUGAUGCUCUAGAAGUUGCUCGACGGGUAGCCCAAGAAUAUGAAAGAGAAGAACCGGACUGCAGUUCAUCUUCGGAGAAAACUUCAGAAUGUGGACUCAGACAGGCCAAUAGCCCAGAAUCUAUAAAUGCAGAACGGGACUUACCUACUCAGGUUUCACCAAACGAGGCGCCAACUGAACAAAGUCAUUCUGCAGAGCCAAAUCCUGAGAGGGAGGACCACAUAGAUAGUUCAGAAAAUCUGUGCACUACUCCACAUAGUCAUUCGGCAGAGGCAAAUCCUGAUAUGGAGUCCUCUCAGGUGACUGAAGCAGCUCAAGAACCAGAAGUUAACCCAGAAAAGGGUCUUUGUAGUUUUGAUCUAAAUCAAGAAGUGUGCUCCGAUGAAAUGGAUCGCCCGGUAAAUCCCGUCUCUACGCCAAUUCCUGUUUCAAGACCAGUAGCAGCUGCUGGCUUACCUGGAGCCCGUUUGCAGUUUGAAGGGGCUAUUGGGUGGAUAGGAUCUGCGGCGAAUAGUGCUUUUCGCCGGGCAUCUCCUCGUAGACUCUCAGAUGGUGAUAAGAAUCUUUCUACAGGGGCCACCAGUGAUAGCUCAAAGCAGAGGCAAAAUUGCCUUGACAUUGAUCUGAAUGUGGCUGAGGAUGGUGAUGAUUUAGGAAAACAAAUUCUAGUGUCAUCUGGCCUUCCUUCUGGGGAAUCUUCAGUGGAAAUGAGUCAGAAUAGAUCAGGGAGGCCCCAUUUGGAUCUGAAUCGUAUUGAUGAUGAUGGUGAUGCCUUACCAUCAGAUUCAAGGGUGGAAGGACAGUUCUUGUUCAACCGGAUUGGCCGUCGCAGCCCAUCUCCUGCUUCAUCAUCUUCAUCAAUGCAGCCUUCUAUGAGGAAUUUUGAUUUGAAUGACAGGCCAUAUUUUCAUAUUGAUUCUGUAGAUCAUGGGCCGGGUAAGUCUUCUCAAAAUGCAAAUGCAUAUGGAUGGCCUAGACAGGAUGCUUCAGUUAUUUCUAUCAUGGGUACCAGAGUCGAGAUAAACAGAAAAGAAGCUUCUCAAAAUCUGUCCCUGGCAAACGGCAAGGCUAUUGAGACCGCAACAGAAGCUACCAUGGCAAGAACUGGAAGCUUUUUGGACAUGGGUUCAACAGUCUCUUACUCUCACCCUCCUGUUUUCGGCUACAAUGGAUUGGCAACUGGACCCACCUUGUCGUUCUCCUCAGCUAUGUAUGGACCUGGUGGCACAAUCCCCUACAUGGUGGAUUCCAAAGGAGCCACGGUUGUACCUCAAAUUAUGGCCUCUCCAUCCGCUGUUCCUCCACAUUUCUCCCAGUCACCGUUCAUCAUGAAUUUGACUGGUGCGCAGCCAGGUCUAAAUGGUGUGAUAAAUGGUGCUGGGCCAUCACGCCCCAGUUUUGAUCUGAACUCCGGCUUCAUGGUUGAUGGAGGCAAUAGGGACUCGGUGGGCCUGAGGCAGCUUUUCAUUCACGGUCAGGGAAGGUCAAUGGAGGAUCAUUUCAGGAAUAACUCACAACCCCCUUCAAGUUCUACAGUUGGUGGGAAAAGGAAGGAACCAGACAGCGGCUGGGAACCAUACCCGUUCAGCUACAGACAGCAGCAGCAGCAGCAGCAGCAACCACCGCCGCCAUGGAGAUAGAAGUUUUUUAACUACGCCCUGACAUUUCUUUGGAUCAGUUUCAUAAAUCCAACUAAGUGGUAGAUUGAUACACGCGAUCCGGAAGUGGGUGAGCUCUUUCGCUCUAUCAGAACCCGAAUAAAGUUGGAUGGAGUUUUAUCAAGGUAACAUUAUUUAUGUGAUUAAUUGCUGAAGGAAGAAAUUAGGUUCUUGUUUUUAAUUUAUUGGUUUUUUGUUUCGGUUUUCUCUUUUAUGUGUUUCAUUUCAUAGAAGGCCAGGGCAGUGCAGUGCAGUGCAAAAAUAGGGAGACUUUUUGGUACGAUGUAGCUGUAAUUUCUCUUCUAUUCAAUUUCUAUGUAUAUCACACAAAUUAUAGGGACAAACAAUUUCCUACAUUAUUUAUUUCAGGCAGUCUCUCUUCCUUGCGUGUUCA